AUGCCAGACACCCCCACCUGCUGUAUGUGCGGGAAAACGCUCUCUGAAAACCCGAAACGUUGUUCCGGGUGUCACGAAGCAGCGUACUGCGGUAAGGUGUGCCAGAAGAGGCACUGGGUGGUCCACAUCUUCGACUGCAAGACGGACAAGCCCAUCGGCACCGUUUACUACCUCGCCCGCGCAUGCCUCAACAAGAUCCCCCCGCUCGACGCGCAGACAAGAGUCGACUACGGCUUCCACAAGAUUUCGUACACCCUCAGCGGACCCGCUGAGCUACAUCUCCUCCGGUUGUAUACACGCGUACUCGAUGUGGUCUCCCGCGACAUCUUGCGCCAAUGGCAGCGACAGGGACGACUCGUCCAGGGCAUCAAAUCCGUGUUCGAGGGAUCUCCGCGCGCCCAAGACCCCGCAUAUACCUGGUUCCUCCAGCACGAAUCCCACUUCGACGACCUCACGACCUUCGACGCCGACCGCGCGUGGGAGCACAUCGGCCGCUCCCCCGACGACUCCACGGACGACAUCUGGGCGGCGAUCCGCGCGGUGCCGGAGCGGGAGGGCACCUGCCUCCUCUUCUACUUCUUCGCCCUCGCCGGCGUCGUCCCCGUGCCGUGGCAGGGGAUAUCUGGAAGCGCGUACCGAACGCUCGCCCACGCGUGCGCGUUCGACGCCUUCUUCGCCGCGCACGACGCUGGAGCCCUCCCCGCGCUCUUCCGCGAGCACGGCAUCGCGGUGCCCAACGUGUCGUGCUUCGACGACGUCGUGAGCGUCCCGCCCGGGGCCGCGCUGAAGACCGUCUGGAACCUGAAGCGGCGCAUCGACGUCCUCAUGGCGGCCCUCCCGGGCGAACCGGCGCGACAGGUGCUCGUCGCGCCCGCGGCGGACGUCUUCGCGGCGGACUACGGGUACACGAACUGCCAGAGCGAGGAGGAGACGCAGCUGCUGGACGACCUCUACACGCGCGUGUUCACGAAGCUGGAGCGGCCGGUCGAUCCGCUGGAGCUGCAUCGGGCGUCCGUCGAGUAG